UCAGAUUAGAUUGCAGGUAGCACUCUACACUGUAUAGUAAUAAGGUGAAGGGAAGCAAAGCAAAGGUUAACUUCUCCACACAUUUUGAUCUCGCUUGCAAUCACAGACCGACUUAAUCACCGACGCAGUUACACAGUGAUCCUUAUGAUAAUUUGGCUCCAGUAGCCUGAAAGACUGAAGGGUCUGGACAGCGCCUUCUGAUAAGAAACACUGGAGAAGGAAGUGAGGACAUCAAGGGAAGGCAAUCAAGAAUAUUUAAAAUUAUCAUAAUAUAAACACUUAAUUUAUAACCAGUUUCUGGCCUAAUUAAAUGGCUGAUAAAAAGAUCAGUUUACCUGCCAAGCUGAUCAAUGGAGGGAUAGCAGGACUCGUUGGUGUCACUUGUGUGUUUCCAAUUGACUUAGCAAAAACCCGUUUGCAGAACCAGCAAAAUGGGCAACGAAUGUACACAGGAAUGUCUGAUUGCCUUAUCAAGACGAUACGAUCAGAUGGCUACUUCGGCAUGUAUAGAGGUGCUGCUGUAAACCUUACCCUAGUAACACCAGAAAAGGCUAUCAAGCUUGCAGCAAAUGAUUUCUUUCGACAACUUCUCUCCAGGGAUGGAAAGAAGCUCACUUUGCUGAAAGAGAUGCUGGCAGGCUGUGGAGCUGGGACUUGCCAAGUUAUUGUUACCACUCCAAUGGAGAUGUUGAAAAUUCAGCUUCAGGAUGCAGGCCGACUUGCUGCCCAACAGAAGCUAAUGGCAACCCAGUCUACAGGCAGCACCUUAUCUGGGACCCUUCCAUCAGGCACUGGGAGUGGCAGUUCACUAAAAAGAACUCCUGUGACUGCUAUGCAGAUUAGCAGGGAGCUGCUACGGAAGGAGGGAAUUGCAGGGCUCUACAAGGGACUCGGAGCUACAUUACUGAGGGAUGUCCCAUUUUCCAUUAUUUACUUUCCAUUGUUUGCAAACCUGAACAAGCUUGGCCAAAAGGACCAGUAUGAUACAGCACCAUUCUAUGUUUCCUUUGUCUCGGGCUGCAUUGCAGGAAGUACAGCAGCAGUAGCUGUCAAUCCAUGUGAUGUGAUCAAGACAAGACUGCAGUCUCUCCAGAGAGGAAUGCAUGAAGACACUUACUCAGGGAUCAUAGACUGUACAAGGAAAAUAUGGAGGAAUGAAGGUCCCACAGCUUUCUUCAAGGGAGCAUACUGCAGGGCGCUGGUUAUCGCCCCAUUAUUUGGCAUUGCUCAAGUCGUCUAUUUUCUAGGAGUUGGAGAAUUCAUUUUAGGACUGAUUCCAAAAUGACAAGUCUAGCAUUAUGCACUUUACCUAGACAGUGAAAGAGCUGGUCUUGUAUAUUUUGUUAAAGCUGCUGCCUAAGAUGGAGAAACAGCAUAACAAAGUCAGCAUUGUCACAAAAUGCAGCUGCUUUUCAAAUAUUUUAAAGCACUAGCCCUUAUGAGCAGCAGUGCUGCUAUCAUUGUUAUGUUAUUUAAAUAUUUUAAGAGAUUGCAGCAUAACUUAACAUGUGCUGCUAAUUUUAAUGCACUAUAUGUAUUAUUGUGAUUGUAGGUAAUUUUCAUGUUAAUUAUGACAGUGCUACGUGCUUCUUUGACCCUUUAAUCCCUGUAGAUAUUACAGUGAGUAAAUGUUCUUUGUACACCAACAUAAAUGUUCAAGUAAUUUCUGAGUUA